AUGUGGCCUGUUUUCGCGCAGGGCAUGCUCGCCUCAUUGCCUCCACAGACAGGGCUAGCGCGCCAGCAGCGCGAGCACUGUGUGAAAGGCCUCCCUUCCGUGACAGCCGCGGGGAUCCCGAAAAAUGUCCAAUCCAAAGAGAACAUCGAAUGGUGGCCCACGAGGACAUGUGCAUUGAAUGCAGUUGGGCUUGCAUUUGUAGCGGCACAGUGCCGGCGCCGUCGUGCACUCACGUCACUGCAAGUUGCAAGGCGUGAUCUUCUUGGCACUGGGCUGUUGUGGGUGGGCGCUGAACAAGCAUCAGCUUCAGAAAGCCGUACAAAUCCUACAGCUCCGGAGGUUGUGAAGACUCUUUGGGCUGGUGGCCUUAGCAAGGGGGAGGACCUCGAUGCUUGGACGGCCGCCUUUGCUGCAGAUUGCUUGUACGAAGACUUAUAUUAUGGCCAACCUGCAACUGGUCGUGAUGAGCUGAGAAGCUUGCUCCAGGAUAAGCUACUACCGAAGGGUGCACGUAUGAUUCUGGAUCAUGUAUCAGAUGGGCGAUCUUCAUGUGGGUUUACCUGGCACAUCGAACAAGAAGGAGUUGGAACAGGCCAGCGAGGUCUUUGCUUCCUUCGGUUAAACUCGAGCGGCAAGGUUGCUUAUGUACGUGAGGUCGGUGAACCUCUUUUCAAGGCUGGCGUGCUAACUGAGCAGCUGCUGCAGGCCCUUACAAAAGACCAGCCCAAAAAGGUUCGAGCCCCGAGCGGCCCGAGCAAGUCCAACCAACAGAACCCACGCACUGCCGGAGACGUCGUGAAGUACUUGUACGGUGAUGUCCAGCAGACGGGCGGUGAUGCUGUUCAAUUCUAUGCAGAAGAUGUCGUAUAUGAGGAUAUGAACUACGAGACACCCUUUGUUGGCAAGUCUGCCGUUGAAGGCUUCCUCAAUCGGUUCCAAGACAUUGAGGGCGUCACGUUUGUGCUGGAGGAGGUCUCCGAUGGAGAUCAGGCCGUGGGCUUCACCUACCACAUCAACAUUGCAGGGCAGCCACGCGGGAUCCGUGGAGCAGCCUUCUACGAAGUCAAUGACCAGGGCAAGGUGAAGUAUGUGCGGGAUGUUCCAGAAUCGGCAGCCAAGCCGCCUCCAGUUCAGCAGGCCGCACGGCUCCUGAGGCCUGGUCUGAGGCGGCUGCAGCCAGCCUCGCCGCUUCCAGGAGACAUCGGCAAAGCUUGA